AUGUCGUUGCAAGACAAGCGAGUUAUCCUUCGAAAAGUUCAAUGUAACCCUAAAGUAAAUGGUGAAUUGAAACUGGUACCGGUUUUAAUUCCCGAACUGCUCGCAAUACCGUACAUCUCCUCAGUGAAUAAGAAAAAGCGCCUCAAGUUUGCAGAAAAGUAUUUUUUGAAGGACGGAAGUUUUUGGAAAACGGUUAUCUUCUGCGACGAGUCUAAAUUCAAUUUGUUCGGUAGCGACGGGAAGGUAAAAGUCUGGCGAAAAUCAAGCACUGAAUUUAAUGAGAAAGAUGUGGAUGUGAACAUUAUACAAGUUUGUUUCGCGGCGUUAGGGGUAGGCGCACUGCCGUUUAUUGAAGGAAAGAACAAAGACAACAAAGACAAAGACUACAUCAAAAUUUUAAAAGAAAAUCUGCGCCAGAGUGAUGAGAAACUAUGA